AUGGCCAAUUUGACCGGUCAAUUCGAACAACUUGGAAACCAAAUGUUUUUUAAAUUACCCACAAACAUGUAAGUUGUUACUGUAGUUUAUUUAGUUGUUCAAAAAAUUCUGUGCUCUUAACUCCAAAACUUUGCUUUGAUAGGAGCACAGAAUUAUUUGAACUACAUAAUAGUCAGUUUAUUUGACAGUUUUAAAUUUAAACUCAAAAAUGUACUACAGGCCUUUAGCUAAUGUUAGUUAGCACUUUAACCACUAAAAAUAUCUUUAAAUUUCAAAAUUUAACCAACUUUUUAAAAAGUGUUUGCAACAAAUGGUAUUUCAAAGUUACUUUGUAAAGCAUUUAACAAUAUUUCGAAAUUUUAAAUUAAAGAUACGAAAUCUUAAUGAAAUGUGACACUGUGUGCAUAAUAAUAUGUUAAAUAUAACAUUUUGUAGGUUAAGCUUGAGAGGUUGUUGAGUAUGUUAUUUAUAAUUCUAAUUAGCAUAUCUUACGAGAUUUUCAAUACUGUACUUUGUUUUUACUGUGGUAUCUUAGCAAAUGUAUUGCUGCUAAAACAUGACAUGUUUUUUACACUUUUGUUAUCUAAACAUACGAUUGUAAACACAAAGUCAGCAGUACCUAUAAUAGAAUGUAUAGUGUAAUCGUUGAGUCAAUAUCUGUCACAAUGUAUGUUAUAUUGAUUUACACACAGUUAUUAUUCCACCUUAUGUUGUUUCAGGAUAAACGUCAACCCCUUCAUCCUAGUACCAUCACAGCCUGUCUACAUGCCAUGUAACUUAUCGUAUUUCCCCCAAAACUUCUUCAUCCAGCCAUCCAACUUUGUCCCGCUAGUCCAGCCGAUCCCACAGUCAAUGUUUGCUUUAAAUCAAGAGAGUAAAAUGAAUGACAUGGACAUUCUACCAGCAGAAGACAUGUCACAGUUGCCUACGUUACAGAGUUUUGAGGUAUGUUGUAUUACUGUAUAUUUAGGUGACAUUUUUAAGUGUGUACGUAUCUUGCUUUUGUACCUAAGUUAUCUUAAUUACACAAACCAAUACAAUUAUAUCGUAUGUUUACUAAACAUAACAUUGUAUGUUUACCAAACAUACGAUUACCGUGUGUAGACGUCUUGAAUAAUUUAACUGUUUACAUCUGUUCAAAUGGCAACGGAAAUGUAAUGGGUAGAUUACCAAACCUUGGUAUACUCAUCAUACUCUAUCACACGGCUAAUCUUUUUGUUUAACUUAAUAUCUUGCCUCAGGGGAUUAGGCAAAGGUCUGAUGUGGAAAAGUUUUCAAAAUAAGUUUAUAAUAGCCGUAAUGAAAGUUUACUAUGCAAACUAUAUUUUUGGUCGAAAAAUUAAGAAAAAAGUAAGGGAAAAUAAAAUGACACAAAUUAUAUUGUUUUAGAUGUUUGAAAUUGAUUUGAAUUAAAUCUUUUACCAAAAAAUGUUUAAAAUUUGAGAAAAUUUCAUAUAUUUCAAUUAUUUUUAAAAUAUUUUACUUUUCUGGUCAUGCCACCUCAUUUGCGACUUUUUUCCAACCAAUAGGUCCACUUUGUCGCUUUAAAAAAGUCUUUUUCGCCGCGAUUUGGUAUUUGAAAUGGCGACGCCGCCCGAAAACGCCCACCAUUCACUCGGUUGUGGCCAUGUCGUAAUUGUACGACUGUCAUAUUGAUCGGGAUCCCAAUCCAGUCCUCGGAGGGAGAGCUGUUGCGUAAUUAUUUGAGGCUAACUUGAGAUGAGUCAUAGCUUAGGCUUUAUAAAACAUUAAGUUUUCUUGUGUUUUUGAGAUUGGGCGGGUUUUCAAGGUUUGGCCGUAGGUUUUUGUAAAUUGUAGCUUGUAAAUUUUAAUUAAACAUUAAGGGACAACUUUUUAUUUAAUUUUAGGAACUCCAGCAUUAUUUAAUUGUCAAAAGUCAAAGUCUAGAGUGCAUAAAACACCAGUACUAUUAGAUUACUUAUAAAUAGCGGUCUAGUCUAUUUUUGUGCCAUUUUUUGUUAAAAGCAACACCUCAUUUCAAAAACAAGAAUGCCGAAAGCAAAGUACUGAGUUAAUAUAUUGUUUUUGGAUGUUUAUGUCACGAGACUUUCGAAAUUUCUCGAAAUUUGGAGAAACUUUUAUAAAAUGACGUUUCGAAACCAUAGUCUUAUAUAAUACUAUUCUUAAAUUAUACUAUCCUCAAGCCAAAGUAAACUAAAAUUUCACUUUUUUUGUUCUUUAUGCAAAUUAGUUCAAGUUAGUUUGGUCAAAAAGUUUAUAGAAUUGCAUUUAAAGUGUACUUUUAAAUAUAAAAUGUUCUAUUUACUUAUUGACCGGAUAUUCUUAAGUUUACUGUAGCUUUGUCUUUAUAGGCGUUUAAUGACAGUCAUGUUGUGAUUAGGUAUUCCGCGCCACUUAUAUUUGGUCUGGAGAGGUCAUUUGAAGACGGGAUAUUAGCGUCGUUUUGUCCUGUUUACUGUCUUAUACUUGCUUCCAAACUAAAUUAAUUUUUAAAAAUUCAACUUUUAACUCAAAUUCUAUGUAUUUCUCGAUCUAAUUUUUAUAGUAUAAGUAAAAUGAUGUCUUUUUUAAUGUUACUGUAAGUUUAAAUCUAAAAAUUCAAAAUUUCGAAAAAAAAGUUUAAAAUUUCAAAUUUAAGGACGACUUGGCGCCUCCAGUGUUAGAACGGCAGAGCACGGUCUUUGAAGAACAGAUUCCGCUACUGCCUAACGCCAACGAGUUUCUGGAUACUGAAUUAGAACCCCCUAAACUAGAGCCCGCCAACUUCGAACCGCUGUAUCUGAAGCCAGAGACUUCACAAGCUUCGUUGCCUCAAAUUGAGAAACCGACUCCUUUUGUGAACCACAACAUCGUACCGUUCUCUGCUUCUGAAGACGCUGAACUUUGUGGGUUUGGGCAGAAGACAGUUGAUAUUGGGUCACACGUUGCACAAGUUGGGCAACAAGUCGGGGAUUUUGGGCGAAAAGUUAGUGAUAUUGGGCAACAAGUUGCUGAAAAACUAAUUUCUGAAGGCAAUUACAAAGUUACUGAUCUAGAACAACUUCCGUUAGCAGCAACAAGUAGAUCUCCAAACGAUUACAUAAGUUACGACAGAUCAGAAGAAGAAGAUACGAUGGAUAUGCCUGUUCUCGAACUGAAUGACGUAAUGACAGAUACGUCAGAAAACAUGGAAUUCCCAUCUCUAAAGCUACAAAAACAACUUUCGAUUGACAGUAUGCACGAAAUGGACAGCGACAUCUCGGCUUCUGGAGCUUCGGAUUCUGACUUCAAAGUAAUGGAUUCUGGAAAUGAAAAAAAUUGCUUUAAAUCAUCAGAAUCUGCAUUUGAAACAUCAGAAUCCUCUUUUAGAUUAGCAGAAUCCAAAAAAUCAGACUCUUGUCUCGAGCUUGUAACUUCAUCAAGUGACGUCACCAAAGAGAACAAAAGCGAAAUUAUUACAAAAGUGGAGAAAUUGGAUGAGUCAUCCUCAAGUGGUGUAAGCAGUGCAAACUCAUCGUUGUGGAACGAUUCUCACGAUUUCAAAAUGGACCAUCACGAUGUACUCGACACCAUCAAGGUCCAGCCUUUGACUUCUGUACACAACAUCGCUGAGAAUGUGAUGAAACGACGUCAGAAGCCGACGAUCGUAAAAAAGAAGAAGGCUACGCAAGUUAAACGCCGUGGAAAGGCUACACAAUUCAACUCCAACUGGAGAUCAGUCGACGAAGGGGUCUACAAAGAGCUGCGUCUUCCUACGGAGCUACAGUACAAGAAGCGGAUCUGCUACAAUGCCAUCAGACACUCCAAGGAGCAGGACGAGAUCAUCAGAAUCAAGGAUUGUGUGAGAGUGUGCUCUUCAGAAGGCCUCGAAAACAUUGGCAAGAUCUUCAGAAUCUUUUACGAUGAAGAGACUGGCAACAUCUGCGCAGAAGUCAUGUGGUACUACACUCAGCAACAGAUCCCGGACGAGAUCAGUCUGAUGCACAAUGAGCUUCUAGCUUCAAAACACAUCGAUGUCAUCAAUGUGGACAGUAUCGAGGAGCACGCUUUCGUGCUGUCGUACAGUGAGUACUGCAGGUAUGUGAUUGUAGGAUAUGUAGUUUACUGUGUAAUAAUUUCAUUCGUUUAGUGUAAUACCUUGAGUGUGCUUAUGUAUUUUGUAGUACGUUUGUUUUAUAAGUAUCAUAAGGCUGUUCGAGUAUUUACAGUGUAAUGUAAUAGACCCUGAUGAUUUGUAUUUAUUGCACGAAUUUUAAUGCCGACCUGUUUGAAUUUAAAAAAACACAAGUGGUUUUUUUAAAUUUAAUUUUUAAUUUUAAAACAAAUAUUAAUAUGAGUUCACACAAAUGUCAAAAGCUACGAUAUCAACUGAUAAAGAAAAAAACUUACGAAAAUAAUUUUAGAUUCAUUGCUGAAACCAGAAUCGACGAAAUGCCACCAGAACAACGACCAUUGGAAAGCAGAGAUGUCUGGCCUCGAGGGGAAGAAGAAUAUCAACGCAGAAUCCGUCUGCCCCACGAAGAUACUCCGAUGGACUUGGUAAGAACUUAUCACAAUCUUCUAUUGACUAGUUUUACCUUUUAUAGUACACAUUUCUAAGUUUACAAUUGUUCAUGUAUUUCCGAGCCCAACUUCAAGCCAAAUCUUUAGGAGGCUCAGAAAUAUAUGAACAACCUAAUAAUUUUAAAAUCAAAAAUAGAGUUUUAACAUAUCUCAACUAAUGAUUUAUUUCACAAAUCUCAACUACUGCCAUUUGUAGAUCUACUUCUGCCGCAACGUGUACAGCCUGAAGACGCGGAAGUUGUGUUUGUCGAUUUUAUCCCGCCGUUCCUCGCUCAAAAGCAACCGCCGCCCCAGCCGAAGUCAUCGAUAG